AUGGCCGACAAUAAGUUCCACUGUCGCAUGUACGAGAAUGAGUUUCCCAAGGUUGACGAUGUUGUCAUGGUCAACGUCCGUCAAAUUGCCGAUAUGGGUGCUUAUGUCAAACUUCUCGAAUAUGGCGAUAGAGAAGGUAUGAUUCUGCUUUCAGAAUUGUCCAGAAGACGUAUUCGUUCAGUUCAAAAGUUGAUUCGUGUCGGCAGAGACGAAGUUGUUGUUGUUCUCAGAGUUGACGAAGAAAAGGGUUAUAUCGAUUUGUCUAAGCGUCGUGUCACCCCUGAAGAUAUUGUAAAAUGUGAAGAGAAAUACAACAAAUCUAAAGCUGUUCACUCUAUUUUACGUCAUGUUGCUGAAAAGAACGACAUGCCUUUGCAAGAAUUAUACGAAACUAUCGGUUGGCCUUUGUAUAAAAAGUUUGGACAUGCCUAUGAUGCUUUCAAGAUGGCUAUUGUUGAUUCUGAUGCUGUGUUUGCCGGUAUGAAUAUUCCUGAUGAAGUUUUGAAGGAAUUAUUAGCCAUUAUUAAGCGCAGAAUGACUCCUCAUCCCGUUAAGAUUCGUGCACAACUUGAUAUUAGAUGUACAGGUAUUGAUGGUGUCAAUGCCAUUAAGGCUGCUUUGAAGGCCGGUGAAUCUGUUGGUUCAGAAGAAGUACCUAUCAAAAUCACAUAUUUGGCCGCGCCUUUCUAUGUCGUCACAGUCGAUUCUUUGGAUAAGAAACUCGGUUUUGAAAUGAUUGAAAAGAGUAUUGAAGCGAUAAAGGCAGAAUUAGAAAAGUAUUCUUGGACCAAGUUCAAGGUUGAAAAGGAAGCUAAAUUGGUCUCUGAUUCAGACGACCGUGAUUUUGCUGCUUUAUUGGCCCAAGCUGAAAAGGAAAAUGAAUUGGUCAGUGGUGAUGAAGAUGAAGGUGAUGCCGUUGCUGCCAGUGACGAUGAUAUGUAA